CGCAUUAAUGAAGCAGUGCGGAGGGCCAUCAAUAAAGAAAAAAAGAAAUUGAAGCCGAAAGGGUACACUGCCCGCAGAUCGACAUAUGUGCCAAGAUACCCGAUGGUGCCGGAAUACCCAGUGGCACCAGCACCGGUAUAUCCAACGACACACUAUCCAGCAAUAUAUCCAGCGGCACCGGCAUAUCCGGCAUAUCCGACACCCGCAUUUCCAACGGCACCGGCGUAUCCGGCACCGGUAUAUCCAGGAUAUUCAGCAGCUUCGCCAUAUCCGGCACCGGCAUAUUCGGCGCCAUCAUAUUCAGCACCGGCAUAUCCAGCGGCACCGGGAUAUAUGCCACCAGGAUGUAAUUAUCCACCUGGAUACUGGCGAGGAUAA